GCAGCGCUGUCCGUCCUCGUUCUACUCGGGGCGCGCGCGCGCGCGCCUAUUGCGUGUUUUUGUUCUAUCUGUUUUAUAUAUCGGUUGGCUCGUCUUCGCUGGUCGCUCUGCGUCGUGUGUCCCCGUGGCCCAGAGAGAGGCAUAAAAAAUUUAGAGCUCGCCGAAGUAAGGUCGAGGGGGUGGUGAAGGCAGAGGGGCUGGAGGAGAAGGAGAACGAGUGAACGAGCGAGCCCACCUCGAAAUCAAAACAGGCGGCGGAACAACAGCGCAAAGUAAUGCUGACCAAGUUCAUCGUCGUCGCCGUCCCCGGCACUGCUACUAUUGUUGCUAGUGCUGUUGCUAUUGCUGCCGCCGUCAGCCCGGUCGUCAACAUCGUCACUGACGCCGACACGAACACCGACGAUAACAGACAUCGAAAAGUCUACUACGAGGAUGCUCACUACCAUUCGAUUCACUACGAAUGAAGCUCGAAAACUGUUACCCUGAUUUUCCCGGGAUCCCUGAUCCCCUCACGAUGAUCGCCUAUGUCACCAUCGUGCCCUUUGUACUGCUUGGUCUCCUGGGUCAAGCUAGUACACACGACGUCAAGGGAUCAACGUACUGCGAGUUUUACAAUGAAACAAUGUGUGCAGGGGAGUUCAGAGACGAUUGCGUGGAGAAAGAGCAGUGCGGACCACACGAUCCUGACAAACGCAAUCAUUGUUACGUACUGUGGCAGUAUGACAGCGUUACGCAAAAAUCGACCAUAAAGUUAAAAGGCUGCUUCUUGGAUAGUAAAGAGUGUUACGAUAAGCAGCAUUGCGUGGAGAAGAAUGCAGACAGAAAGAAGCAACACUUUUUUUGCUGCUGCGAUGGAAACAUGUGUAACAAAAAUUUCUCAUGGGAUCCACAACCAACACAACCACCUCGAAUUAUACAUGAAUUCGAAGCUGUUCCUAAUACGGACCAACAAGUGGUAACACUGGUCCUAUCGAUAUCUAUUCCCAUGUUACUAAUUUUCGUUGUACUUACGGGAAUAGUCUACUACUACCGUCACACGAAAUUGGGUUACUUCAACGAGAUACCGACGAUCGAGCCGGGCCCACUGCCACAACCCUCACCGAAUCUCGGCAAUCGACCGAUCCAGCUGCUGGAGAUUAAGGCUCGUGGCCGAUUCGGCGCCGUGUGGAAGGCCCAAUUAAGAGCGGAGGUCGUCGCGGUCAAGGUCUUUCCCAUUCAGGACAAGCAAUCCUGGCAAUCGGAGCAGGAGAUCUUCAAACUCGCCCAUAUGGAUCACGAGGAUAUUCUGUGCUUUAUCGGGGUCGAGAAGCGGGGCGACAAUCUCCAGGCCGAAUUCUGGCUGAUCACCGCCUACCACGAGAAGGGCUCUCUGUGCGAUUAUCUCAAGGCGAAUGUCGUAUCUUGGCCGGAGAUGUGUAGGAUCGCCGAGUCGAUGGCCAGGGGUCUGAUGCACCUGCACGAGGAGAUCCCGGCGAACAAGGCCGACGGCUACAAGCCCGCGGUAGCGCAUCGCGAUUUCAAGUCGAAGAACGUUCUGCUGAAAAACGACAUGAGCGCGUGCAUCGCGGACUUCGGUCUGGCCCUAAUUUUCCAUCCGGGGAAGCCCUGCGGCGACACCCACGGCCAGGUUGGGACGCGUCGCUACAUGGCGCCUGAGGUCCUCGAGGGGGCGAUCAACUUCACCAGGGACUCGUUCCUGCGCAUCGACAUGUACGCCUGCGGCCUCGUACUAUGGGAAUUGGCAUCGCGAUGCACCGUACAAGACGGGCCAAUUGGUGAAUACAGGCUACCCUUUGAGGAAGAAGUCGGACUUCAUCCUACUCUCGAAGAUAUGCAAGAAAGUGUGGUUCACAAAAAGGAGAGGCCAUUGAUAUUGGACACUUGGCGCAAACACCCGGGACUACUGGCCAUCUGCGACACGAUGGAGGAAUGCUGGGAUCACGACGCCGAGGCGCGACUCUCGGCCUCGUGCGUGAUGGAGCGAGUGGCGUCCUUGAGCCGAAGUAUGGUAUUAAAUUCAUCGACCCUCAUACGCGUCGACAACACGAGCGAAUCCCUUACCACGAAAGAGUCUAGUAUGUAGCGCAACAUUCGUAUACAUUGUGGAUAUUUGCAUCGACGUGACCAAAUGUGCCGCAAGUAUCGUCGCCAGCAGCUAAUGGAGCCAGCAGACAGUUUUGGGAAUACUCGUAACGCAUACAGACACAUU